AUGAAGCUUCAGCUCUUUCUCAGCCUCGUGCUGACCUUCCUCACAUCCUUGGCGACCGCCGCUGAGCAGCAACGAAACAUCGACAUUUUCGCCUGGCCACUGUCCGCAUCGAAACCACAGACGCUCGCCAAAGUAUCUUUCAACUCGACCGAUGCUUCGAUCCAGAGCUAUAAUGCGCCAACAGUACCCCAAGACGACGACAUAGUCCGAGUUGGCUUCUACCAUCCGUCUGGUCGGUGGUCCGGUAUCGCGACUUCCGCAUCAAACUUGGCGCCCGAGAAGAGUCAGAAACUGCAGCUCCAUGUUCGACCGAACGGAGAGCUAUAUCACGUGGGUUUCAAGGCGAGUAGUGCAGGUGGCGUAGCAAAGGCUGCGUCGAAGAAAGAUGGGGCUCUGUCAGUGGAAGUUGUAAAGAUCAGACCAGGACCUACACCACAGCUGAACAAGCCCAUUGUUGUCAGCGAAGACGGCACGGUAGAGGGCAAGGAACCAGAGCAGACUUUCUUGCAGAAGUAUUGGUGGGCCAUCGGUGGCUUCCUGCUCCUGCAGGUCGUGCUCAGUGGAGGCAAAGGAGAGUAG